AUGCUGCGUGCUCCGGCUUCCAAUGAUCCGUUUGGCGACCGUCUUCUCCCUGCCCCAGUGCAGGAAACGGUUUAUUCCGUUCAUUGGUCUCACAUCACUUCUCCGCAUGGCAUAAUUUACAUUGGCUCUGGGGCAUUUAGUACUGUGCGUCUAGCAUGGUUGCAGGAGCGGAGGAAGUGCUACAAACGCAUUUUGACAUCUAAUGGUGAGAAGACGAGGACGACAGUUUUUCUUGGGGCGUGUGCGGCCGUGGCAGUGAAGCGGGUGAUGAUACCGAGGGCGAAUGAUGGCUCUUGUAAGUACCGCCGACUGCUGUUGCUACGCGAACUCCAGGUGAUGGAACGUAUUCGAAUGUAUCCGCAUCCGAACAUCGUGCAGUGUUGGGGUUUUCUUUUUGGAAAGGGGGAAGAGGAACAGACCUUUGAAAGCUGGAACCCCUCAGGCGAUGGCACAGAGAACAGCACGGACGGGAAGGUUCUUACAAGCCUGAACAAGGAAGGACACCGGAUGGCGUUCAACGAGGAAAACAAUGACGGAGAUGAACGGACAGAUCGACAGAUCCCGGAAGGAGCCUCGUACGUUGAUUUGUGUCUCUCACUCUGCACGGGUGGCACACUGCGGAAUUAUGUGGCGCUAAAGGCCAGUGAGGUCCCCCACGCGGCGACAGCUGGGACAAAGUGUUCAGCGUCUGAAUCACAGAUGGUGAAUGUCGCAAUGGCGUUUGAAAAGGUGAGUUUUGAUCAUUUCAGUGGCGCUCAGGGAAUCACUGGAAGCACCAAUGAAGAUACCUCCCCAUACGGCUGUGAAGAUUAUGGUGCGUAUCAUCCUUAUCCGAAACAAAUUUUGGGUGAAGGGAAGAAAAUUGCCAAUGCGUCCUCAAAUCUACCACAUGCGUCCGUUUCCAUCUCCGCUCACCUUGCGGUUCCUGAGCGUGACAUUGUCGCCAUUGUGUACGCACUGGUUCAUGCACUUCGUCACACGCAUGAGAAUUUAAAGACGUUGCAUCGUGACAUUAAACCCUCAAAUGUGCUGAUAUUCAGUGGGGUGGGAAAGACACCAGAAUACGCGUUGCAGCCCUCUUCUCUCCUGAUUCCGGCGUCCGGAGGAGAGCCGUCGCAAGAGCGCGACAAAAGGUGUUCGAGCCAGGCCAAACCCUUAAGCCUAAGAGUCGACUCGGAGAUCAGGAGUGCUUUGGGUGACAGUGAUGAAAUGGUGGAAUUUGCUCUUUUUCCUCAAUGUCCAGCAACCACGCAUGGGUCCACAGGGGCACUGCGGCAGAGCGCAGGGGGGAACCUUGCGACACCGACAGCAACAGCAGAAGGAAUGUCAAAACUCAACGAUGAACCUCCCACAACGUUGGUGGUGCCUCUGGGAUUGGGGUACUAUCGUUUGCCAUAUGCUGCUACGGAUUCUUCACGGAGAGUUUAUAUUGAUUGCUUGCCGCAGGCCGAGGGAUGGCGAAUACAGUUGGCGGACUUUGGGGUUACUACUGGGGUUGACCGGCUUGCUGGCUCAGGAAGGUGUGGCACCGCUCCGUUCAUGGCCCCAGAGGUCGCUCGACAUGCCGACCAGGGUGUUCCCGAGCAAUACACGACGAAAGCAGACAUUUACAGUCUGGGGGUAACGUUGCAGCAUACAAUUCUUUACCUUGUUAUUGAAGAUGAAGAGGGAAGUCAGAGAACGUGCAGGUAUGCGGACGCAUUGGGGGCGCAGUGGAUUGAUGAGGACGACACCGCAACGCAAUCACGGCUGGCGUUUGGCCCAGGCCUUGAAAGUAAGAGCACUGAAACAGAUGUAAACCCGAACUUUAUUGUACCUAACGCCUGGCGCUGUGACAAGGAGCUCGUUGAAGGGGAAUACAUCCGCUGCGGUUCACUGGAAACGGAGUUUCCCAAACGUGGUGUGGAUGAUGACAAGGAGCAUGAAAGUAAACCAAAAGGAUUUGUUGUGCCCCGCGCCUGGCGAUGCCGCGAUGAGCUGUUGGAACGCCAAUAUAUUCGCCGCGAGUUGUCCUCAAGAAGGAAUGAUACUGACAUCCAUGCUCACCUUCUCACCUCUUUGCCCAAUGAGCACAAUGAUUUCAAGGAAAAUUCCGCGGCGAGGGAACGUCGUGGGUCACGAUGCAGCUCGUGUGGAAAGAUUCAUCGAAACCUCAUCGAGCUGCUAAACGCCAUGACGGUAAAGAAACCAUCGCAACGGCCAAAUUUGUCAACUGUUCUUCAGAGUACUGCGAUUAUUGAACGAGGCACAUUUCUGGAAAAGGGAAGGCAAUUCUCUUACCCCAAUAAUGCUGCUUGGGAUGUUGGCGCUGAGGACCACGGAAACCAGCCCUCCAUGGACCCGAAUUCCUUGGAGAGAGGAACGGCGGCCCAACGCUUUUCCCGUGCACGACGGUGGGCAGAGGAAAGAAAUCGUGUCCGGUCUCCUCCUACGGGAUUUCGGUUUGACAUGACAGAACCGCGUCAGAAGAGCAGCCAGGGGAAAAACUGUGGUGGCGGUGAAGAUGACACAACAGUGUUGCUCUGGCGUCCUCCUUCCCUCAGCUUCCUUCGGGCUUGCCGCCACAAGAUGGAGGCACACAACAGAUAG